AUGCCUAGUCGUUUCUGUCCUCCCAUUACAAAGAGGGCACUCAAUGUCCAUACCACGACUAUCAAGAUUGGCUUUGGCUCCAGACACCAAACAAAAAUAUUGACAUUGAUAUGGAUUAGCCGGAUCCAUCCAGCAGGAGAACAAGUCAAAACUGUUGAUGACGCCGCCGAAGCUACAACGGCAAAUGUUGUGGUAGUGUUUGAAGGACGAAGGGAGAUCAUCCAACAUAAAUCAUCAACCAUCAAAGUCGUAUAUGUGAACAUUUAUUUCCUCAUGAAACUCUGCUCUCCUCACCUGCUUCAAUCCAUCCUCAUCAUACUUUCCCUUGUAUCUCCACUGUUUGCUGACUUAAACUCAGAUAAACAAGCUCUUCUUGCAUUUGCUGAUGCAGUACCCCAUGCUCCAAAGCUCAACUGGAGCAACACUACUGAGAUUUGCACUUCUUGGAUAGGCAUCACCUGUGAUUCCAAUGGGACCCGUGUUUCCGCUCUUCGACUUCCUAGCCUUGGACUCACGGGCCCCAUUCCUUCCAACACUCUUGGAAAACUGGAAGCUUUAGAGGUUCUCAGCCUCAGAUUGAAUAGCCUCACCGGAAGUAUACCUUCUGAUGUCCUCUCUCUUCCUUCCCUCCAUCAUCUCUUCCUUCAACAUAACAACUUCACAGGUAACAUUCCGACUUCAUUUCCUUCCCUCAUGAAUGUAUUAGACCUCUCUUUCAAUUCCUUCACCGGAAAAAUCCCGGAAUCUCUCCAGAAUUUGGCACGCCUAACCAAAUUAAACCUCCAAAAUAACUCCCUCUCUGGUUCUAUCCCCAAUAUCACAUUCUCAAAGCUCAAAAAUCUCAACAUAAGCUACAAUCAUCUCAACGGUUCUAUUCCAUCUUCCCUCAAAACUUUCCCAAAUUCAUCAUUUAUUGGGAACUCUUUCCUGUGUGGACUACCUCUGAAUCCCUGUUCGCCUCCACUGCCACCUCCUCCUGCUCAUACACCACCACCACCACCUACUGGGGAUCAUCAAGAAAAAAGCUCAAAGAAGUUUCCUUUAUGGGCUAUUAUUGCCAUAGCGGUUGGAGGAGGUGUUGCAGUUAUACUUUUGAUGAUCAUAUUAUAUUUUUGCUGUUUCAAGAAAAAGAAAAGGAAUAGGAAUGAGAAUGAGAAUGGGAAUGGGAAUGUGAGCAGUGUACGAAGAGCAAAGUCUUCUUCUGUUGGUGGAAGGAGUGAGAAGCCUAGGGAAGAAUUUGGUGGUGAAGUACAAGAGGCUGAAAAUAACAAGAUGGUUUUCUUUGAAGGCUGUUCUAGUAAUUUUGAUCUUGAGGAUUUAUUGCGUGCUUCAGCAGAGGUGCUAGGAAAGGGUAGUUUUGGAACAACAUAUAAAGCAACUUUAGAGGAGUCAGUAACCGUGGUUGUCAAAAGGUUGAAAGAUGUGGUGGCAGGGAAGAAAGAGUUUGAACAGCAAAUGGAGAUGAUAGGGAGAGUUGAACCACAUCCGAAUGUUGUCCCACUUCGUGCUUAUUAUUACUCCAAGGAUGAAAAGCUACUUGUCUAUGAUUAUCUCUCCAGUGGUAGCCUGUUGACACUCUUACAUGGAAACAGAGGAGGCGGUAGAACUCCAAUAGACUGGGAAACAAGAGUAAAAGUGACACUCGGAGCUGCACGAGGCCUUGCACAUAUCCACGCUAUCGGCGGCCCAAAAUUUGUUCACGGAAACAUAAAAUCGUCAAAUGUCCUUAUUACCCCUGACGGAGAAGGCUGCAUCUCGGACACCGGUUUAUCCCCGCUCAUAAAGCAACACCCACCCACCACAUCCCGCCACACCAUCGGCUACAAAGCUCCUGAAGUCCUGGAAAUCCGAAAACACUCCCAUAAAUCCGAUGUCUACAGCUUCGGCGUCCUCCUCCUCGAGACACUCACCGGGAAACAACCACUCCAAUCUCCGGGAAGAGUAGGAGGAGAAGACAUGGUAGAUCUCCCUAAGUGGGUCCAGUCUGUGGUGAGGGAAGAAUGGACUGCUGAGGUGUUUGAUGUUGAGCUUAUGAAAUUUCAAAACAUCGAGGAGGAGAUGGUGCAGAUGUUGCAGAUCGGUAUGGCUUGCGUUGUGCAAACCCCGGAUUCCCGACCCUCCAUGGAUGAAGUUGUUAAGAUGAUUGAAGAGGUUCGUGUAUCUAAUUAAUUAAAGACAUCACCCAUUGUGAUUUGUGCAGACACCUUACCUUCGUUUCUGUAAGUUUACAUGCAUUCUGUUUCGUCUUUUCGUUUUUAGGAGUUGAGAGCAUUAGUCAUUAGAUUAGCUUUUCUUUCUCUUUAUUUGUUGAAAGAUUACAUUUUUUAAGUUGAUUAAUCAUUAAUCGUCUAGUUGGAUUGGGU